AUGCUAUUAAUAGGUUUAUUUUUAUGUCCGGAUUCAAGUGGUAACGCUAUUCAUCCUAUGUAUUUAGUUUUAUUAGAUGACAUAGAUAAAAUAAGAACAUAUAGUUGGGGGUCUGCUACACUAGCGCACCUAUAUCGGUAUUUGUGUAACAACGCAAUAGCAAAUUCGGGAAAUUUUACCGGAUGUGGUGUUCUUUUUCAAGCUUGGGGUUGGUCAAGAAUGACCAAUCUAGAACCUAUCCAACAAAAUAAUUUCGAAUUCCCAUACGUUACAAGGUGGUCUUCACUUGGGAUGAAUUACGACAACUGUCCUCAUUUCAGUAUCACCCAGUACAGAAAUAUUAUAGAUCAUUUGGGUCAAGAUGAUUUUAUUUGGAGGCCAUAUCUUGGUCUAGAAGUCAUUCAUGAAGUUGACGAACACGACUCUGCAGUGUGGAGUGCAAAGGUGCCGAUUAUCAACUUCACCACCGUGGAAAUGCACAACAGUGAUCGUGUCAAGCUUCAGUUUGGAAUGCUACAAGAUAUUCCAUGUCCGCCAAAAUGCAUCCCCGACAAGUUUCACAUCGGUAAAGUCUCCGACCAAUGGGAAUAUACUCCAUGGACCAAGUAUGUAAAACAUGAGUGUCGUGAAUGGAAGCAUCGCCGCCAUUUUGUUUUGUCCUACACUGUGUUUCCAUACGAGAGAAAACAGUUUAUCCAAUACAUGAAUUGGUAUAGGUCGGUAUUCAUUGGUUUCAUUUCGCAUCCAAGAUAUCUGGUUGACCCACGCCAACAAGUUUCAUCAUCAAGACCCCAACAACCUACCCAACCCCAUUUCCAACCGCCAACCCAACCCCCACUCACACAACCACAACUCCAUGAACAUACGCCUAAGUAA